AUGAUUUUUAGCAAAAUGACAUUUAUCGAAUAUUUGCCCGACGAGCUUUGGCUUAAAAUAUUUUCUUAUGUUCCAUGUUUGGAUUUAUUUCAUAGUUUUUCUGGACUUAAUCAACGCAUUGAAGCAAUACUUAAUUCAAAACGAUUAAAACUUAAAUUAAAAAGUGAUUUAAUUUAUGAAAAAUCCAAAGUCUUUUUUAAAGAAUUACCAGAACAUAUUGAUAGUUUAUCUAUUUAUUAUUACCAUCAAAAUAUCGAUAUAUCUCCAUUGAAAAAUUUAUGUUCACUUCAUUUAAGUCAUGCAACUGAUAAACAAAUAGAAGAUAUUAAAUCACAUUAUUUCAAAUAUUUAAAACAACUUGAUAUUGUUGUUUGUUCAAUAAACAAUCAAUUAGGAGAUAUUAUUUUUAGUGAUAAACAAUUAAAUUAUUUAACAACCUGUUGGCUUCCUAACUUAGAUUCUUAUUUUAAAGAUUAUAAAUCUUAUCAACCAUGUUUGACAUUACAGUCACUUCGUCUAAAUUAUUGUCAUAGAAAUACACUUUUAAAUCUUUUAUAUUAUCUACCAAACUUAACUAGUUUUGAAAGUACUUUAGUCAGUUUACCGUCAUCAGAUCAAUCAAUUUCUUUUCCUUCAAUUAAGCAUUCAAAUCUUAUUUGUUUAAAAAUUUCAUUACGUGUUGAUGUGUCAUUAUUUGAUCUUGAUUCAAUACUCUUACAUAUGCCUUAUCUUGAACAACUUUAUUUAACUAUUGAUAGAUCCAACAUUCUUCAAAAAGACUUCGAUUUAGUUGAAUUGUCUAACAUUAUUCAAAAUCGAACACCAAAUAUGAAAAAAUAUGAUAUUAAAAUAAAUUUACUUUCAACAAAUUUAAAAAUUACUCAUAAUGAUUGGAAAAAAACAAUAUUCUUAUAUGCUCUAAAGAAUAUGCAUUUGGUCGAAACAACUAUUGCAGCUUAG